AUGAAAAUUCUAAGCUGGAACUGUCGGGGGCUUGGGAAACCCCGAACAGUUCAAAGCCUUUGCAUGUUAGUAAAGGAACAAGUGCCUGACAUGGUUUUUUUAAUGGAAACGAAAUUAUUUUAUGGUAGAGCUCUUAAAGUGGAAGAAAGAUUUCGGUUUGAAGGGGUGAUAGUGGUUGAGUCAGUUGGGAGAAGCGGGGCUCUUAUGAUCAUGUGGAGACAGAAGGAACGUAUUGUGUUGGUCAACUAUUCUCAGCGACAUAUUAACGUCCUGGUGCAAGAGGAGGGACGCAGGGGGAAGUGGUUGUUGACAUGCUUUUAUGGCCAACCCGAGGCCAGGUAUAGAGGGGAAGCAUGGAGAUUAUUAUCAUCGUUUAGGCCUGCUGAAGGGGGGUGGGGAGUAAUAGGCGAUUUCAAUGAAGUGCUAACCAAUGAUGAAAAGGAGGGGGGGAACCUAAGGAAUGAGAAGCAAAUGGGGAUGUUUAGGCGAGUCUUGGAAGAUGGAAACCUAUCAGACUUAGGCUGGAAGGGGGACAAGUUCACUUGGUGUAAUCAACAUGAGGAUGAUACCUUUAUAAAGGAAAGACUCGACAGGGUGGUAGCAAACCCAGAAUGGAGAGCUAUGUUUGAUGCGUAUAGGGUCGAAACUCUACCUGUUGUUUGUUCAGAUCACAGGCCAAUUUUAUUAGAGUGUCUUUGGAGCAGGUGCACAGUUCGAAGCCACCAUGUUUUUUUCAAAUAUGAGAUUAACUCGGUUAAGGAAGAGGGGUGCAGUGAAAUAGUGAAGACUGAAUGA